CGUCAUGGAAUAUAGGGUGCAAAAAAGCAAUCAUUCUCGCACAGAACAAAAGCACUGCUCAGCAGCCCAGACAGCAGCAGUCCAUUUGUGUAUAUAAACAAGCACUCGUCGCCAUAUUUCCCCUCGUUAUCAAUCAGAUACUCACUUGUAUACCCUUCCAGUAUGAAGGACAACUGCGUUCCUCUUUACACCUCGCACCAGUUGGGAAAGACGGUGUCCAACUAUGCAGAGCAACACUCAACAGCGCUGCCCAAGUAUCUCACCGAUUAUCAUGCAAACAUCUCUGCCAACCGUAGCGACUCUAACUAUAUGAGCUCUCUCUUUCAAUCACAGUACCAUACAUUUCUGGCCAAGUCCACUGGUGCCAAAAGAGUUCUUGAAAUCGGCGUCUACGUUGGAUUCUCCGCCCUUGUCUGGGCUGAUGCUGUCGGUCCUGAUGGGCUUGUUACGGGGUUAGAAUUUGAGCCAGAGUAUGCCGAAUUAUCCAAGAAAGUCUUUGAGGCGAACAACGUCAAGAAUAUAGACAUCGUUGUUGGCCCUGCUGCUGAAACUAUCCCCAAGCUCAACCCCUCUGAGCCUUACGACCUUGUCUUUAUGGACGCAGAUAAGACUGGGUAUCCUGGGUACUUGAAACAAAUUCUAGAACUAUCAAAGCCGGGCAGCACCAACAGACUUCUUCGCCCAGGAGCCCUCAUUGUCUCAGACAAUGUGCUGCGUCGAGGCAUGGUUGUAGUUGACAAUGCAGUCAGUGAUGAUGGGCUUCCGGCGGACCAGCUGGAUAGUAUCUUGGCUGUCCGGGAGUUUAACGAGAUGGCACUGAAGAGCUCUCGACUUGAGACGUUUCUUCUUCCCUUGUGGGACGGUAUUAAUCUCUCACGUCUGGUUGAUUAGCUACAAACCCAGCAUAUGCCAGACAUAUCACUUGUCGCGCUGAAGGUAACAUUGAAAUAAUGUUGUAGUUAUAUGUAUUAAGUUUAAAUAAAUAAAUAACAAAAAUAAAUCGUCAAUGUGACAUGUGCCACGCUGGUAUCGUCUCUAUAAAGACUCCGUCUAAAUAGACAAUUCGUGAUCUCAUAUUCCAAUCAAUGAAAACCUUCGGUAUUGGUAUUUCCAAACAUUGUAAUUAGUCCAUCUCUUUCUGAUGAAAAGGGAAAUAUUUGGUAGCGUAAUCAGCGUUACUGCUGAGGGGGUUGUGUUGUUUAAUAGCGAGUGGGAGAGGUGCUGUAGGCGGCCAUCUUCUUCUGCUCGCGGUUCUUGCGGCGACGGCCAGAGCAGCAUGUGAUAAAGACAGCAAUCGUGCCAAUGAGGCAGAGAAUAGCGGCGGCGAGAACAAGCCAGAUACCGACAGACCAGCUAGCAGUAGCAGCGGUGUCGCGGUUGAUUCGUCGUCGAAUGAUGGAGAAGCCAGCAAAGUCACAAGCCAAAGCAAUGAUGGUAACGAGGAAGGCGGCGAUAGAAACGAGAGUUGACAUGAGCGAGCCAAAGAUGCCAGCGCCGAGAGCCAGAAGGAAAGAAAUGAAGCAAAGACCAGCACCGAUGGGGUGCAGAACCAUUACAUAGGUCAUGGCCUUUGCAGUGCCGGCGCCAAUUUCGGACAGG